GUCGGCUUGAAUCGUGUGGUUGGAAAAUCGGGAAAACGCCAUCAUCUCAGGAAAACAACAACUGUUGCUUGUGCCAUAUUAUUGUUGGGAUGCAGAAGGGUCAUUCGAAGCUGGGGCAGUGUUCAUCAAAGUCUUCAUGACACCAGAUGUUUCAGAUCGAAGUGGUUUACACGUGUAAAUAUAUUCUGUUGUAUAACACCAAGUGAUUGAACAAAUAAACUCAAGAUGUUGGGAAACGCUACAUGGAACGAAACAUUUGGCUCCUAUAAUGACUCGCUUCACUACUAUACCAAUGGCACCAAUAUUGAGAAAGUUGUCUCCGUGAUGGUUCCUGUGUUUUUCGGAAUGAUCGGCUUAACAGGGCUCAUAGGAAAUGGACUGGUGGUACUAGUCGUCGCUGCAAAUCCAAAUAUGCGUUCGACAACAAAUUUGCUAAUAAUCAACUUGGCCGCAGCGGAUUUGUUGUUUGUCAUAUUCUGUGUACCAUUUACUGCAACGGAUUACAUACUACCCGAAUGGCCUUUUGGUGAAGUAUGGUGUAAAUUCGUCCAGUACAUGAUAGUUGUAACCGCCCAUGCAAGUGCGUAUACUUUAGUUUUGAUGUCAUUGGAUCGCUUUUUAGCCGUAGUGCAUCCAAUAACUAGCAUGUCCUUACGAACUGAACGAAAUGCUGUGAUAGCUAUAGCAGUCACGUGGUUUACCAUUCUAACCACAGCAAUUCCAGUGGCCCUUUCUCACGGAGUACUUUUCUAUCCGAAUAAGGGAAUUAAUUAUACUGCGUGUCUUUUUCUACAAACAGAAUACAAUUUGAUUGCGUUUCACGUAUCGUUCUUCCUGUCGUCAUACGUUGUACCUUUGACGUUGAUAUCAAUGCUGUACAUCGGGAUGCUGGCGCGACUGUGGAAAUCGGGUGCCCCAGGAGGUCGAGUUUCAGCUGAAUCCAGGUAAUGCAUUUAUUUACGCAAAUUGAUUGCG